UCAUCUGGCGGCUUUGUCCUCGCUCCCAACCGCGUUCACGAAUCCAAAACCCACCGAACCAUCCUAAGUCUCGUACCUGGUGCGUUCGGCGCGUCUCCCGUGUUAGUUGUUGAGUGCGGGACAUCGGCAAACCCAUUUAAUCCCGGGACAAAUGCAUUGGGGCGACGGGAAGCUGACUAUCAUCCCUGCAGUGCAUCGAUAACGUGUGCCGGGUCAAACGGCGCUGCACAGAAAACGUUCUGUACAUUUGGACGGAAUGCGAAUGAAAACUGACGAUAGGUAGGUGGGCGGUGUGAUGCCCACCUGGUGCUUGAACGGCGCCCACUGCAAGUGGUACAAGGGUGUCUUCAUAUUGGUGCUUGUCUUCUUCAUACUCGCCAACUUCUUCGGCGCCGUCAUCGACAACAACAAGCCACCGUUAUUUUUCAACACCACUAAGUUACAUGAGGAGAUCAGAGAUGUGGACCAAAUGCACGGCCCUCUCCAACACAAGAUGCUGUGGAAGCACAAGCAGUACCAAUACUCGAACGCCAGCACAACGAAAGGUCCGGCCAUGGAGCUCAGCUACGUCGUCACAAAUCCACCCGUCGCCGUCAUUGAAAACGCUAACCUCACCGGAUUGUUCGAAUACACUGCUCCCGUCGAUACGACCAACUCCACAGUCUUAGACGUGAGGGUUUUCACCACUAUUUCGCCCUAUUGUCCUGACGUCACGUCAAGUCUCGUGGGCAGAGUACCUAUAGUCAGGUCGCCAGUUCCUACAGUUGUUCAGUUGGAACAACAGUUUAGAUGGUUGCAACCGGGCGGUCACUGGCAACCGGAUUGUAAGGUCACAGCUAAGGUUGCCAUAGUUAUACCGUUUAGAAAUCGCGGGGAGCAUUUGCUAUUGUUCCUGCAACACAUGCAUCCAUUUCUGCGACGUCAACAGUUGGAUUACACCAUUUUUAUCAUCGAGCAGGACGGAAAUGGGUCGUUCAAUAGGGCAAUGUUGAUGAACAUCGGGUAUGUGGAGGCUGUUAAGAGGAGGGAUUUUGACUGUUUCAUAUUCCAUGAUAUCGAUUUGUUACCGGAAGAUGAUAGAAAUCUGUAUUCGUGUCCGGAACAACCGAGACACAUGAGCGUGGCGGUGGACGUCUUCAAUUAUCGUUUACCCUAUCCGGCGAUAUUUGGAGGCGUUUCGGCGAUCAGUACUAAACACUUCAAGCUACUGAAUGGCUUUUCCAAUUCGUUUUGGGGUUGGGGCGGCGAAGACGACGAUAUGUCCAACCGUAUCCGUUACCAUCACUUGUUCAUUUCCAGAUAUCCAUUGACCAUUGCCAGAUACACCAUGCUAACUCAUAAAAAAGACAAACCAAGCCCAAACAGAUACGACGUACUCAAACAGGGACAAACACGAUUCGAUAAAGACGGCUUAAAUAGUUUGAAGUACAAUGUGGUGCAGGCGAAAGAGAAGUUAUUAUACACGUGGAUUUUGGUUUCGAUCGAGGCUCCUCACAGGUGAUGCUCUGUGACGUGUGGGAACAGUAAUAUUUGUCAGUUGUUUUAAUUCAUUCAUUCCGUUCAGAUCAGUUCCUUUGUGAUUUAAUGCAGGCGUUUUUCGUCUGCGUUUAUUUGUUGUUUGUUGAACAAUUUUAGAGUUAUUUUUAUAGGCGCGCAAAAGAAAUAGUGCACAAGCAUAAUCGUAUCGUCAUUUGUCAAAAUCAGAAACCACGUUUGAAUUCUUUAAAUUUUAAUGUGGUUUCUGUACUUAUUGAUUUUGUGUUCCUUAUAUUUUUUAAAAAUGAUCAUCAUAUGAAAGAUCUAGUCAUAGAGUUUAGAUAGAUUAAAUUUUAUUAGAUAGAUUAUGGAAAAUCAUUUGACGAACCUUGUAAAACUUUCAGAGUGAGAUUUUAGAAUAGAAUAGGUGCCAAAACAAGUACCAACUAAAAGUUUUCUUAACAAUAAAAUAUCAUGUAAUCUAAUAAA